AUGGAUAUUUGCACAACAGCAUUGGAUCAAGCUAUUGGUUCUUUACGAAGAAGGUUUCAACAAUAUCAAGAGUAUGGUUGCAUCUGCGGAAAGAAGUUUUUCAAAAUUAAAAUUGUUAAAAUCAUACUUGCGAUCAACUAUGUCGCAAGAAAGAUUAAAUGGACUAGCUUUGAUUUCAAUUGAAAGUGAACUUCUUGAAAAACUUGAUUAUGAACAUUUGAUUGAUGAUUUCUCUUCUAAAAAUUCAAGAAGA